AACAACAACAACAACACACCGCAAACGAUGGAAGACGACCGUACGACUACCUACGGCGUCAUGGUCGAUGCUCCGGGGGAAGACAGCAAUGAUAAUGGUAACCAAGACCCCCCUUCGCCCGACACCCGGGCGGAGGACAUGUCGGACGACGACUUCGACACUGAGAUUGCUGAUGAAAUCAAGGCAGACGUCAGGAUGUUCUCGGGGUGCCAGGACAAGCAGACCUCGGCGGAUGUCCACGACGUGACCAAGUUCGGCGUGCCCAACUCUGACGGCGGCGCAGGGGGUGCCUGCACCAACGCGCUCCUCGUCAACAAAGACGACGAACCCGACUCCUGGAUGAGCCUCUUGAAGAGCAUGCGCACCACCCUCAGCACCAAGAAGUUCAAGCAGAUUCCCCAGAUGGCCACCUCCAAGAAGCUCGACAUCCGCUCGCCCUUCUCCUUGGCUGGGGGCGAGGGAGGGAAGCACCGGGCCCUCCUCAUCGGCAUCAACUACGUCGGGGAUCCCUCGGCAGAGCUCAAGGGCUGCCACAAUGACGUCGCGCAGAUGAAGGACUACAUCGUGAAGCACGGGUAUCCUGCUGAAGAAGGCGAAGACCUGAAGAUCGUGAUGGAUGACGGGGAGCAUACCGCACCUACCAGGGCUAACAUCAUCGAAGCCAUCGAGUGGCUCGUCGAGGGCGCCGCGCCAGGCGAUUCGCUUUUCAUGCACUACUCCGGACACGGCGGGUCUGUGGAGGAUACCGACAACAACGAGAAGGACAAGAGGGAUGAGACCAUGAUCCCAGUCGACUACAGCGUGUCCGGACACAUCAAGGAUGAUGAACUUCUCGCUGAGUUGGUCCUACCGCUGUCAGAGGGCGUCGUUCUGUCCGUGGUUAUGGAUUGCUGCCACAGCGGCUCCAUUCUUGACCUGCCCUACACGUUCGACGCCGACGAGGGGGCCCUUCAGCUGGUGGACGACGGCGGCUCUGGGAUCGUGCAUAAGAAGGCCAAGUUCAACAUGUCAAAGGUUAGGAAAGCGCGCAAGCUGAACUUCAGAGGGCCUUACAUGAAAGCCAUUCGAGCAAAGGCCGCCGCCGCAGCAGCAGCAAAAGCUGCCGCAACGAAAGCUGCCGCAGCGAAAGCCGCCAGCGAAAAGCAGGAACAGCACGAAGAGCAGGAGCAAGCUCCAGAGCCCGUCGGCGGCGGCACUGCCUUCAAGGUGGGUUCCAAGGUUGCAGCGGCCGCGGCAAAAGCGAGGGCGUCGACCGCCACCAAAGCCGUCAGUCAGCAGCAGCAAGAGCAGGAGCAGCCCGCCGCCAACGGUGGCACGGCCGAUACCGCGAACGACCAACCGCCCUCCGAGGGCGUAGCGCCCAAUGCCGCUGUGAAGCAGGCCCCGAAGUUUAAGCUGAGCAUCGAGACCGAGGUCAUCAAGUCCAUGGAAACAGGUAGAUACAUAGCGCCCGACCCGAUGGCGUUCAAGAGCUUCACAUCGUGCGAAGCCGAGAUGGAGGAGGACGGACAGGACGACUGCGACUUGUCGGUCUUCGUUGUCACGCCAUGGAGCGUUGACGAAGAGAGCGGCCGCGAACACGCUGCGGGUAUCAGCAUGCUGUGGGUGGACUCUGAGUCCUCUACAGGUUACAGCAUGAAGCAUUUGACCAAGGGAGAUGCCCGUUUCGAUGGCAAGCGUGCUGUGUACGUCGAAGCCACCAAGGGUGAAGGUGAGGAGCCAUUUCUUGUGGCGGUGUUCGCUCCGGAAGACUUCAAGCCGGCAAGCGUGGGCGGCAGCAGCGGCGUCGCCCCGGAGAGCACGGAGUUCGUGGUGUGGGUGUGCGACAAGCUGGCUCACUCCAGGGACGAGACGCUCAACUGGACCGCGUGCGGGUCUUUCGUCGGCACCAAGGUGAAGAGGACAUCCGCCACGACCUCUACCUCUGGCGAGCACCUGGUCAUCGUCGAGGCCUUGGACGUGAAGGACGAGGCGCGUGUGUUCUACGGCACCUCUCUAGGCAACGACGACCUACAAAUGUCCAUGUUCCCCACGCCCCGCGCCAUGAGAGCCUCCAACCAGCAGGUGUCCACCGUGCAAGCUUCCACCCUCGAGAAGGACGGCGAGACUUUCGCCAUUGCCAUGGCCUUACCGGCAGCCAUCCCCAAGGAGACAGCCGUUGCCGGUGACAGCAGUGACACCUCGGACCACGAGACCGAGAUCCGGCCCUGCAUGCUCUACGCGCAGUCCCUGAACGACCCAGGAUUCUACGCCGGCAGCAUCGACAUCCCCGGGGACACCCGCUGCUUCAUGACUACCCCUGCCUACGGACUGAAUACAGACGUGUACGUUGCCGGGACCAAGAAAGUGAUUUGGUACGACGACAGAUCUUGGGACGGGAGCACCGGAAAAGCUGGUGUCUGUUUGAACGCGGUGGACUUCACUUCCCCGGCCAAGGAAAUGCGCACCAUGAUCGACAAGCAGUUCAUCAGGCAUGUCUUCAUCCUGCUGGAGAGCGGGAAGCUGCUGUACACGUCGCAAGACCCCGAGGAGGGCAGCAAAUUCGACGAGCCUGUCGACAUUCUGCCCAACGUCGAGGCGUUCAGCUGCCACGCAGACUCGGUCGGAAACGUCCACGUCAACAACAUCAACAAGGACGGGAACCUUAUGCACCACAUGAUGGACCAAGGCACGAGCCUGUGGAUGCAGAAAGAAGUCAUGGUGUCUGGAGGAGCCGCUAGGGAGCACCUCAUAUCGGUUGUCGACCUCAAGGUUACUGCCCUCGAGAAGACCUCCGGCAAGAAGACUGCAAACGACCUCAUGCAAGCUGCGGAAGCGGAAGCCGACCUUCCCGCCAUAUCUCUCUCGUGCGGAUCGGGGGCAAUAUUCCGUAUCAACGGCAAGGGGCACCUCAUGCACAAGGACAAGAAAGUUGAAGUUCGUCCGAACAUGAGUGGCUUGGUGCGAAUCGGCCAGUUCGUGGAUUCCUUCAGCGUGCCUCACGUGACGAUCCGGAUGCCAGGCUUGGACAGGCCUCUGGAGAUCAUGUGCGGCAACAUCUUGACCAAGAAGCUAGAGAAAAUGGAUGCGUCUGCCUUGAAAGGCGCCAAGUCCCGCGAUGCCAUGGGAGACGACGCCGAGAGCUUGAUCGACGACCCCGACGAUGGUGAUUUGAACGACUUCGUUGAAGCGGUCGCCCAGCUCGCGAAGGGGUUCAAAGUCCUGUCUCCGACCGAAUUUCCGAAGAAAAACGAUGUGGACGGCAUCUUCCGCCUAACCGGCCGAGCCUUCAACGAAGAGAACCAGUUCGUCGCUUUCGUUGACGAGGGUCCCGCUUUCGAGGACGAGGAAGUCGGUGAUGGCCCUCCGUCUCCCGGCGGCGCCCCCGGUCCCCUGCAAGGCGGAGCUGGCGCCGAGCCCAUCGGCGGCGAACUGAAAGAGAUGGCCACCCCGCAGAGGCGCACUUCGGUCUUCCGAGGCGAUUCCGCAUUACAUGGGCGCGGACCGGUAGUCAGGCGUUUCACCAAACACCGUUGCGCUCCUGACCCGUUCGGCAUGGGACACCUGGGCGUCGAGCGUGUGCGCCGGGUUGAAUGCCGGAACAUGGGAAACCUCGCCAAGAAGGCCAGAGAAAACGCUGAUGAGGCCAUUUACGAGACGAAGAAGCACGCGGCCGAGGCUCUCAGAGCCAAGCUGAGCAACGCUGAGCGCGCUCAAGAGCAGGCCACGGAGUACGCUGCCGAGGCGACGAAGUGGGCUGGGGAGGCGAAGCAGGCGGCGGAAGCGGUUCGUUGGACGCAAGCCGCAGUCGAAGCGGCGGAGGCGGCGGUCAAAGCAUCCGAAGAGGUGGAGAUGAAAGCCUCUCAAGACAUCGGAGAGAUAAAAGCUGCACAAACAUUUGGGGCGAGGAAAGCUUCGCAAGAGUCACAGGUGGACAUUAUCCUUGGAGUGGAAGGUCCGGACGAGGAAGCGGCGAGGGCGAUGGAAGCAGCGGCACGAGCGGUAGAGGCGGCCGGAGUUGCGCAACAGAAAUCGGAGCAGGCCAAGGCCAUGGAGAAGUUGCAUGGCUCGGACGGUCAACUGGUCGACCUUAGCGAUUUCGAAGCUGGCGGGUACCUAUCGGCCGAGUACUCCAGAGACCAUUUCUUUGGCCCCGUGGCGAAGAAGCUAUGGCUAGCGGCCGAGGCCAAGCGGGUGGGAGCACGCCCUGGGCGUGGCUCGUCACACCUGCCAGUACGUGCAGGGCACGGACAGUCGCCGGCUUGGUCUGGCCGCUCGCCAGGCUAUCAUGGCCGCUCGCCGGCUAUUGCUGCUCGUUACAGGCAACCGGCUGUGAGCACUCCCGCACACUCUGAUGUGCUUAAAGCCGUGGAAGCUGCAGGACAGGCUGUGGAAACUGCGGCCCAAGCGAUGGAGAGAGCGGAACAAGCGAAAGAAGCCCUGGGCGAUGACACGGGAGAGCCAGAGCGCAAAGGAGGUGAUCCUGACGACAGUAACCCCCGGGACUUUGGGUCGGCGGAGUCCUCCAACAAGGGCUUCUUUGAUUCCAUCGCCAACGAACUUCGGGAGUUGGCAGACGAAGCCAAGCGGGAGGCUGAGAAAGAAGUUGCGCAGGCUGCACAUGGGCCGCCCGGGUACACAAGCAGUGGGCUGUUUGGCUCUGAGACCAUGGAGGCUGGGAUACCGACCAGACGUCCAAUCACUGACACUACAGCUGAGUGCCUUAAGGAUCCAAGGUGGGAGGCAGUCAGGCAGGAAACCGCGAAAACGGCCAUGGAGGCCGCCCGGCUUGUGAAGGCAGCCCAAACGGCGGCCUUCGAACUCCAAGCAGUCGAGGAGGUGGAGGCCGCAGAAGCUCUAGACUCCGAAGAAGACUUGGGAGAGGAAGAGAUUGACGGACAUGACGGCGCCUACGGGUCGACAGAAUAUACCAGCAGAAAGUUUGGCAGCCGGAUCAAGAAAGCAACCAAGAAGGUCAAGUCCGGCGUCCAGAACGCGGCGAAAAAAACGAAGGAGGCGGCUCAGACCGCCGCCCGAAAGGCCGAGGAGGCAGCUAAACAGGCGAGUUCAUUUGCGAAGCGGGAGGCAGAGAGAAUCGCCAAGGAUGCAGCGCGCAAAGCAGAAGCAGAGGCCCUCAAGGCCAAGAGGGAAGCGGAGAAGGCUGCCAAGGCCGUGGAUCAAGCCGCCAAAGACAUAAAGAAGGCGGGGGAGCUUGUGGCGAAAGAGGUUGUAGACAAGGCGCAGAUAGCGGCGGCUGGGGCGAAGCAGGCCGCGGAAGGUGCGGCGAAGCUGGCAGAGAAAGCUGUGAACGAGGUGGGAGAUGUGGCGGGUGACAUAAAGGACGGCGUCGAGGAUGUGGCGGAUAAAGUGAAGGACGGGGUCGUGCACGCUGCCGACAAGGUCAAGGACGUCGCCAAGGACGCUGCCGAGGUCGUGGGCGAUGUUACCAUGAAGAUGGUCGACGUGGUGGAAGAGGUGGUCGAGGAGGUGUGGGAGCACACUCCGGAGGGGCUGAAGAAGGUGGCCAGGAAAGUAGCGAAAGUUGUCAAGAAGGGGGUGGACUUAAUGGUGAAGAUCGGCAAGGUGGUGUAUCACUUCGUUGAAACCAAGCUCGAGCAGCUCGUCAAGGCACUCGACUGGCUGUGGGACAAAAUCAAGACGGGUAUCAUGAAGGCUAUCGAAUGGCUCGCCAGUUUCUUCAAGUACAAAGAGAUUUUGAAGACCGCCGAGAUACUGGAAGCCGGGGCGAUUUAUGGGAUCGACCAAUUCAUCGCGACGAUUCCCUCUGAGGAAGCAGUCAAGGAGUUCUUCAACGACCUUCGUCUCAUGCUGGAGAGGAAGACCGGUCUUGACCUCGAUGCCCAAGACAUGAGCACGGAGGACACGACGCCGGACGACCGCGAGGUGGAUCCCAAGGAAAAUUUCAUUCAGCACCACACCACGUGCGGCACCUUCGACGACGCAGGGACCCCCACGGAUACAAAGGAUGACUCGAAAGACAAGGGAAAAUCAUCGGAAGACAGCGAUGAUGACGACCCGGGCAUGGAUACCGUGGCGCAGAAGCUCAACUUCUUGUACGAGAAACUGAAAGAGGGUUUGAACGCCUUUAUGUCCGCGCUGGCCGAAGGCAUUGUCGAUCUGCUGGAGGGCGGCACACAGUUAAUGGUAAAGAUCCUCAAGUUCGUAGCGAAGAAGUUCCGCGACUGGCUCGCCGACGGGGGGCCAAUAUACAUCCCGGUCAUCAGCGAGAUCUACAAGCUCAUCACGGGGCGCAAACUCAAGCUCGCGAAGGCGUUGUUCUUCAUAUUUGCGAUCCCCGUGACGUACAUGACCAAGGCAAUUCUAGGACGCUGGCCAUCGCAAGUGGUCUCGGUCGACCAAUUGACCGGCGCCAAAGGCAGCACCUUGUCGAUCGCUGGCCAGGAGCCCGACUCUACCGACGCAGAUGCUCCAGCGCAUCUGACGAGGAGCCUUCCUGGUGAUGACAGCAGCAGCGAGUUCGUCUACACAUCAAGGUCGGGGGAAUCCGAAGAGAAGCCUGGGACUGAUUUCCAGAAAAGCAUUUGGGCCGUUCUGAAGAUGGCCUCCAUCGCCAUGUCCGGCGUCACGAUACCUUGCCAAGCAAUGGUCACCAUCACCACGAUUCCCGCGGGGGACCGUAAAUUCUUGACGAAGCGCUUCGCGAAGUCGCACCCCAUCUUCAAGAUAAUCAGCUACGGCAGGGCACUCCAGAAGAUCUUGAACCUCGCAUCAACCAUGGUAUAUGUUGGCGACUAUUUCACCGGGCCGAAAACACCGCUGAAGAGGAAAGACAAAACAUUCUUCUCUUUCCUGACAAUGUUUGACGCGGCCGGGGUAUUAAUUAGCCUUAAUGUGGACGGAGGGCAGGCGUCUGCGCCAGGAGCAGGGGGGUUGGCCAACAUGGAUACAACGGGGGGGGGACAACCGCCAAAGAACGCAACUGCCCCGGCGAUUAUUUUCGACAUAGCCGACGGUAUCGCUGAGAUCGCGAGGGGGAGUAGGUUGAUCGCGCUUGCAAAGGAGCUGGACGAGGGCGGCCGCCAGGAAAGAACGAUGAAGUUUCAAGGUUCUCACGGGAUCUUCAAGGGAGCCAGUCAGAUAGCCACGGCGUUCGGGAAGCAGAUUGUAAAAUCGGCAGCCGAUCCUUUCACCAAGGUCACGGUGGUGAUUGUUGCUGCCAGCCUCAAGUGGAUCACAAAGGUUCCCCUGGGCAUAGCAUCAGUGGUGCUGCAGCUCGAAGGCUCUGCUGAGGGUAAAGAUGACGACGAAGAUCUGAAAAACAACGCCUACUGGAUCGCCUGUUUCGCCUACCUGUGAGGUGCUUGCUCUCAAAUCGGGUGGGAAAGUGCCGAGUGGCGCAGCGGGCAAAGAAUGGGUGUUGUAGUAGCGAGGCCGCCUUCCUUGAGCGUCGAACAGGCGAUGCGUAAACAGACGAGCUGCAAUAGCUCGGUGCAUCUAUGCAUUGGGCAGUCGUCGUGUGGAAUGGCGCCUUCAGGACGUGCCAUCCCUCACCUACGUAGUUGAAGGCCGUGGAGGUAGACAAGCAUCAGGUAGCUUGUCUCGGCCUCCUUGCACUUUCUUUCUCCAGCCCGUCUGCUUCGUUUCCCUCUGAUGUUUGGCGACUCAUUUUGUCAAGGGAAGUCGCGCGUUGUGUGCGUCGCUUGUUCAUUCCGGUAAUUUUGUUCUUUCCAUCAGUCGGGACGAGAUGGUACUACUGUGAUUUGAGUCCUGAACGGUUUGGUUGAAUGGCUUUUCCGUCCGCGAUUGCCCGGACCACAGAGUAGACAUAACUUACAGUAGUUGCUUACGCGCGUGCGUGUUUUGUGUCCUGGUCAUGGAGAAUGACUGUCCAACGAUACAUCGUCGUUGGCACGCGUUCACGUCUAAAAAUGUUGAAAAUGGUGGUCCUCUCGCUUCAGUAGUUCUUCACAAUCUUUGUGGUGGAAGAGUGGCCGGCAACCAACAAGCUGAGUUGAUACGCCGUGUUCUCUUGUUUUCUUGUCAGCCGCGCCCGCCCGUACUCCGAAGCCAUAUACCCUCUCUCUCGGUCGUGCUUGCCUGUUGUUUAUUCUCUCCUUACUCCCUGAGACUAGAGUCCGUCCGGUCAAAUUUUUCCA